AUGAAAUUGCUGCAUUCGUCUAGAAUCAAAUACCCUGCCAAAUCUACCACAGUUAAGUAUAGAUCGAAUUUGAUAUCUUAUAUUCAUAACUUGAUUUUAGGAAUACAAUACCGGAACUUUUUUGGUUUAAAGUUCAAGAAUUCCAUGAAAAGACUUAAAAACACAACCACAACCAUAAAACCACAAGUUCCACCGACAUCUAAGCUCAAUUUCUGCUCAAGAAGCACCAAAAAAAGCUGGUGCGAAAUAUUUCGAGUUGGUGUACAAAAUGAUGGUAAAAACAAUACGCUAAAUAAUUCACCUCUCGUGAGACUUGAAGAUAAUGAGAUACCACAACUAGAAUUUCAUCGUGCUAAACAUGAGCACCGACCUACGAAACCCACGGUGGCUAUGUCACUCUCUUCUUCCACUAAUAAUAGAAAAUCGUCAAAACUAACCACAGGCAAUACGCACAAACCAAGAAAACAUUUUUUAGGAAUGUUUUUUGGGAAACACAAAAAGACAACAAAAACUACUCCCAUGUAUAAGUCAUCGACGACCAUAAAAUCUGAACAUUCUACUGGAAUCAAAAAAUCGAAGAGACCGGCCAAAGGAAAACAAAACCGUAACUUUUUUGGAUUCAAGUUCAAGAACUCAAGAAGCACCAGAAAAAGCUGGUGCGAAAUAUUUCGAGUUGGUGUACAAAAUGAUGGUAAAAACAAUACGCUAAAUAAUUCACCUCUCGUGAGACUUGAAGAUAAUGAGAUACCACAACUAGAAUUUCAUCAUAAAAAAGGUUUAGAAAACAAUACUAUUUGGUCAUACCUGGGUCCUGAAUUUGACAGCCGCAAUUUAUGCCACCGCUGUCACAAACCCAGGAUCAGAGACCCAAAACGUUUACAAAUUUAUCGCUCUAUGAAUCGAGCGCACAACGACCAAGUUGAGCAGCCGUUUUUGUUUUUCGAGAAAAAUAGAGAAAAAAAUUCCUCAGAAAUUAAAAGCAACGUUAGCAAUAAAAACAGAGUCAUGACCAGUCAAAACGGAGAUGAGUGUGACGUAGAAGAUUUUCCCGAUAAUCUAUUCAACUGUGCUAAACAUGAGCACCGACCUACGAAACCCACGGUGGCUAUGUCACUCUCUUCUUCCACUAAUAAUAGAAAAUCGUCAAAACUAACCACAGGCAAUACGCACAAACCAAGAAAACAUUUUUUAGGAAUGUUUUUUGGGAAACACAAAAAGACAACAAAAACUACUCCCAUGUAUAAGUCAUCGACGACCAUAAAAUCUGAACAUUCUACUGGAAUCAAAAAAUCGAAGAGACCGGCCAAAGGGUGCGAAAUAUUUCGAGUUGGUGUACAAAAUGAUGGUAAAAACAAUACGCUAAAUAAUUCACCUCUCGUGAGACUUGAAGAUAAUGAGAUACCACAACUAGAAUUUCAUCAUAAAAAAGGUUUAGAAAACAAUACUAUUUGGUCAUACCUGGGUCCUGAAUUUGACAGCCGCAAUUUAUGCCACCGCUGUCACAAACCCAGGAUCAGAGACCCAAAACGUUUACAAAUUUAUCGCUCUAUGAAUCGAGCGCACAACGACCAAGUUGAGCAGCCGUUUUUGUUUUUCGAGAAAAAUAGAGAAAAAAAUUCCUCAGAAAUUAAAAGCAACGUUAGCAAUAAAAACAGAGUCAUGACCAGUCAAAACGGAGAUGAGUGUGACGUAGAAGAUUUUCCCGAUAAUCUAUUCAACUGUGCUAAACAUGAGCACCGACCUACGAAACCCACGGUGGCUAUGUCACUCUCUUCUUCCACUAAUAAUAGAAAAUCGUCAAAACUAACCACAGGCAAUACGCACAAACCAAGAAAACAUUUUUUAGGAAUGUUUUUUGGGAAACACAAAAAGACAACAAAAACUACUCCCAUGUAUAAGUCAUCGACGACCAUAAAAUCUGAACAUUCUACUGGAAUCAAAAAAUCGAAGAGACCGGCCAAAGGGUGCGAAAUAUUUCGAGUUGGUGUACAAAAUGAUGGUAAAAACAAUACGCUAAAUAAUUCACCUCUCGUGAGACUUGAAGAUAAUGAGAUACCACAACUAGAAUUUCAUCAUAAAAAAGGUUUAGAAAACAAUACUAUUUGGUCAUACCUGGGUCCUGAAUUUGACAGCCGCAAUUUAUGCCACCGCUGUCACAAACCCAGGAUCAGAGACCCAAAACGUUUACAAAUUUAUCGCUCUAUGAAUCGAGCGCACAACGACCAAGUUGAGCGUAAGUAA